GGCAUUUGUUUUGGUAGCGCGAUUAUCGAAUCGCUUAGGUGCCCAACUUGCUUUCAUCUGCUCAACGUGCACACACAACAGCAAGAAGAGAGAGAGAUUCAUUCAUAAAACUUUUAAAAACAAUGCGGUGUAAAAUAAACAAAACAAAGAUGCAAAUGGGGAAAGCAAACAUAGCAACGCUAAAUGUCAUACUCACAACGAACAGCCAAGGAGGAGUGGAAGCGCCAUGACAACGAAGUCAACAGAUACGUCAGUGCCGCCACGAGCGGGUAUGUAUCUCACAGAUACAAAAUAAAAAGGCACUCUCGCAUUUUCGGAUUCGUCGGCGCGCUGAGAUUCUCGCAGUCAGUUUGUCAACGAAAGCCGAGUCGAACGAGUGUGACGUUCCGCGGUGCGCGCUACUCCCAGUCACAAAAAAACAAACAUUAAAAUUAAACCAAAAGUCAAGGAAAAACGGGGUGGUUUCAUUGAUGCAGUGGUGCAAUGCUGCCGUGGUGCAGUGGUGGUGCUAAAUAUUUCUAGUAAAAGUAGAGCUACUGAAAUUGGAGCAAUAAAUUCGCGCGUUUGUGUAUUUAUAAAAAAUUUCAACAAAAAAUUCGCAUUCGUGCGGUUUUUGCUUUGCUGCGAAUACCCGGAGAAAUGACCGCCCAAUUUUCACCGGACACUCGUAUUUUGCUGGGCGAUGCAUGGAAUAAAUAAGUGAAAUUUUAAUUGAAAGUUAAAGCUUUGCAUAAUUGUUGAGUUGUAGUGAAUUUAAGGAAUUUGCAGCGAUUAUGCGGCGAGAUAAGCAGAUGUAACGGGGCAUGGCCAGUGAGAUGAAUGUGCGUACAAGUGUGCUAUGUACUACGUAUUUACAUAUUUACAUACAUACGUACAUAUAUGGCCGCGAGCCAAAAGCUUCGGCAGUGCAUGCAUAGUCAGUCACAAAAUCAUAAGCAAAGUGGAAAACAAAAAAUUAAAUAUUCAUUGCGAUUCGUUGAGUUGUGAUCUUUGGCAGCUAGGCACGGUCGGUCGGUCGGUCGCUCGGUCGGUCGGUUGAUCGGUCUUCCAUGUGCAUAACAAAGUGCUACAGUUUACAAAAUCAUACAUACAAAGCGGAGCUGAAAAAAAUCUCAAGCCAUUAUCUAAUUUCGCAACUAAUUGAAUAAAUUGACCAGUACAAUAACAAAUUGAACGCAUUCGCUAGCAAUCAAAUCCGCAACAAAGAUUGCGGCAGCUCAAAUAAGUGAGUCGUGUGUCAACGCAGCCAGUAAAAUAUGUAGCAAGCAGGCUAGAAAAGCAGGCCGCUUUGCUCCAGUAAAAAGUGUCGACACAAAUAGCGUACGAACUUCCAUAAAUGUAAUAGCAAAGCUUGUGGAUAAAGCUGAAGAGCGCUGCUCAAAUUGGAGAUUUGCUGGUGGAGCGCUAAAGGAGCGCCUAUUUAGUCGUCUCAAGUGUUUCACGCGUUGAUCAAAAACACAAAAAAAAAAGUAAAAGAAACGCGCUGCAUUAGCAGUCGACGGAAGUGGGCUAACACGCAACGGUUAAAGGAAAAGGGAAAUUCGGGAAAAUCGAUUUCUCAUUGCUGGUGGUGGCAUGCCAUCAACAACAGCGACAACAACAACAAAAACUACAAAAACAACGAAAGAAAAGCAGUCAAAAUGAUGGGGAUGUGCUCACGAAAAUCACAUAGGCUUGACAUUUCAACGCAACCGAAUUCGGCAAAAAGUAUAUACGGCCAAAAACGCAGUCAUCGGAAUGGUGAUUGCUAAGCCCAUAACAAAUUGAUCAUUAAGGUGUAAUUAAUCGUAGGCAAAAGCAGCAGCAGCAGCAGCAGCAGCAACGGCAGCGGCGAAAGCCACAGCUGCACAAUCCAACAUGAGGGUACGCAAAAUACCCCUGCCGUUGCCUAACACCGGAUUCAUGCAUCGAAAACGGAAUACCUACUACAUACGUGGAAUCAUUGGUGUGGCGCUUAUCGUAUUCGCCCUAAUGCAGCUACACGUAUUUAAUUACACUGAUUCCCGUGAAUUGUCAAUGCUUGGCGAGCCAACAAAUGAUUCAAUCGAUGCGAUGCUCUCAAUGGUGCCAUCGGUGUUGCAUAAGUUUCUAACGCCGAAAUCUAGAAACCAAACAGCAGCCGCACAUAUGCAGCAUAAUAGCACGAGUGCAGGUAGAUAUAACGCUUCCUAUGCGGAUUAUUAUCAUCCACCAAAUAUUUCGGAGAUAAAGCAGCAAAUCGCCAAGUAUAAUGAACUGCAAAUAGUUUUAAAUGAGGACACUUAUGGUCCGUUGCAAAAUGAUUCUGUGAUAAUUGUAAUACAGGUGCAUACACGUAUAACCUAUCUACGCCAUUUGAUUGUUAGCCUGGCGCAGGCCAGGGAUAUUUCCAAGACUUUAUUAAUAUUCUCGCAUGACUAUUACGACGAUGACAUCAAUGAUUUGGUGCAAACUAUAGAUUUUUGUAAGGUGAUUCAGAUAUUUUAUCCCUACUCUAUACAAACGCAUCCGAAUGAGUUUCCCGGCGUAGACCCGAACGACUGUCCGCGUGACAUGAAAAAGGAUCACAAUUUUGUUCAAUUUCUUUUUAACAGAGCCAUAACACGUAAAUGCAACAAUGCGCUGUACCCAGACCUAUACGGCCAUUACAGGGAAGCGAAAUUCACACAGACCAAACAUCAUUGGUGGUGGAAGGCGAAUCGAGUAUUCGAUCAAUUGGAUGUGACCCGUUAUCAUACAGGUCUGGUAUUGUUCCUAGAGGAAGAUCAUUACGUAGCCGAAGACUUUCUCUAUCUCCUCGAUAUGAUGCAGUCUUCAAUAGGUAGUCUAUGCCCGCAUUGCGAUAUACUCUCGCUGGGCACAUAUUUAAAGACAUUCAACUACUAUACAUAUAACAGUAAAACUAAUAAGAAAUCCCUUAGCAGCCAAUAUGCUUCCUCGCUGCUCACUUCCAGCAAUUUAUUAGGAUAUAAUCGCAAUAAAAAUAGAAACUCACAGCAAUUGUCAUCGCACGCAUCGUCAUCGUCAUCGUCCACAUCAGCUGCGAAUAGUUUUAAUAAAAAGUAUUUUAAUGAAAAUAAUAAAGAAAAAGUGUAUGUCGGUGAUACAAUCACCAACACCAACAACGCACGCAUCAUUAACAACCACAAUACCAUAACCACUUCCACCACAACCACAACAGAUAAAAGCGCCGCACAGCAAUCGUGGAGUUAUCACGUGCUACCAUCACUGUAUUCUGUCUAUCAGAAGGUCGAAGUGAUGCCCUGGAUAAGUAGUAAACAUAAUAUGGGCUUCGCAUUCAAUCGCAGCACCUGGUCCAACAUCCGAAAGUGCGCGCAACAUUUCUGUUUUUACGACGAUUACAAUUGGGACUGGUCGCUGCACUAUGUGUCCCAGCAGUGCUUGCAGAAGAAGCUGCAUGCAAUGAUCGUUAAAGGUCCAAGAGUCUUCCAUAUUGGCGAAUGCGGCGUCCAUCACAAGAAGAAAAACUGUGAAUCCAAUCAAGUGAUAGCGAAGGUGCAACAAGUCUUACGUAUAGCUCGUAAGUCUAAACAGCUGUUUCCACGCAGCUUAUCGCUAACGGCGGCAAGUUUAGUGAAGAAGACCAAACUGCGUAAGGGUAACGGUGGAUGGGGCGAUCGACGUGAUCAUCAAUUGUGUAUGAAUAUGACGAAAUCGAGUAAUGAAAGUUGAAUUAAAACCAAAUCACCAAAGACACACUGAAUUAGCAAAAUUUAGACACUAACAAAUACGCAAGAAAAAUAAUAAUCAAUUAGAAGGUCAUUUAGUGCACAAUGCGGAACGAGGAUGUGUAUGUAUAGAAAAUAUCACAGUUAUAGCUAAAUAAUUUAAGAGGUUUUUUUUGGAGCACUAAGACAGUGUAUUUGGUCAUGGGUUCGAUGUAGACUGCAGACAUUAAACAUGAAAAUUGUUUUUUCUAAA